UGCUGCUGGCCCUGGCCGGUGCUGGAGGCUUCCUGAUGUGGAGGAACUGGCAGCUGAAGAACCAGAAGAGCAUGAACUUCGACAACCCCGUCUACCUGAAGACCACCGAGGACGACCUGAACAUCGACAUCACCCGACACGGUGCCAACGUGGGACACACCUACCCUGCAAUCUCUGUAGUGAGCACAGAGGAGGAUUUGUCCUGAUCCGGUUCGACCCGUUUGUCCUCAGCAGCAUCGACCACAUGCCUUCAGAAGUGCAUUCAGAGGAAACUACUUUAUUCUGGGAUUACCACUGAAACAGAUUUAUUUAUUUAUUGUUUCUGCUGCCGUCCGGCAGCGUCUGCUCGUCUCCUGGUGGAUCAGGGACGGACUCCUUCGGGACAGGAUCAGUUCUCAGGACCCGACGAGGAGCAGGUGACUCUUCCUCCAGUCUCAGAUCUGUUUGUUUGUUUUUGUUUUUGUUUGUUCCGACCUGCGCUCUGACAGUAUUAAUGCUGCGUCUGUCUCCACGGUUCCGGCGUUUUUGUAAAUAUCCGGUCCCUGAGAGGCGGGUCGGAUCAGGACUCUGAUGCACUUUGAUCAAUGAUUCUCUGUAAAUAAGAUGUAUAAAAAGUGACUCGGCAGGUUUUCUGCUGGUUCCUCAGACUUCAGAUGUAUUUAAGAAGGAAAAACAGAAUUUGGUUAAAAAUAAAAUAUUUUGUAUGUUUGUGACGUCGCUGUGAACUUUUUAUAGCCUGAAGGAGAAACCUGUCUGUGAAGGAGCUGAUGACGACUUUUCAAAUAAAACGAAAUCAGUGUUAAA